AUGUGCGACAAGCGUUUGUGCGCCUGUGAGCCGAAGAAGCCUUCGAAAUCUCCUGCCGAUUUGUCAGGGAAAAACCUGGAAGAUUCGUUCGUCAGAUUCUUAGAGAGCGAAAGCCCCUCAAUGCUGAAGAAGUAUUUGACCCGCGAUGUAUUUGACACGUUGAAGAAUCGUUUUACGAGUUAUGGUUCCGGUCUUCGCGACGUUAUACAAUCGGGACUGGCAAAUCCGGAUUCGGGAAUCGGCGUUUAUGCCCCAGAUCCUGAAUCUUAUGAGACAUUCCGCGAGCUAUUUGAUCCAAUAAUUCAUGACUAUCACGCAGGAUUUCGGUCCAUGGAUGUGCAGCCCAAGUUGGAAUGGGGUGACGGCGAGUUACUCGGUGAUCUAGAUCCAACAGGAAAAUACGUUGUCUCGACGAGAGUACGAUGCGGUAGAUCGUUGAAGGGCUUUCCCUUCAAUCCUACCAUGAAGGAGGCGCACUAUCGAGAUAUUCAAACCAAAGUUUCGAAGGCAUUGGAAAGCCUGGACGGUGAACUCCAAGGGAAGUAUCACCCACUCGAGGGAAUGGACAAACAGACCCAGCAGACUCUUAUAGACGAGCAUUUUCUCUUCAAGGAGGGCGAUCGAUUUCUUCAGGCAGCAAACGCCUGUCGUUACUGGCCAGUCGGGAGGGGCAUAUUCUACAACAAAGCAAAAACAUUCUUGGUUUGGUGCAACGAAGAAGAUCACAUCCGAGUGAUAUCGAUGGAAAAAGGUGGAAAUUUGAGCUCGACUUACGGGCGUCUGGUCAGAGCGAUGAACAAGCUUGGAAAAAUGCUUGAAUUUUCGAGCGACAACAGGCUCGGUUUCCUCACAUUUUGUCCGACGAAUUUGGGCACGACGAUUCGUGCUUCGGUGCACAUUAAAUUGCCCAAGCUGUCAGCGGAUUUUCCGAAAUUGUUGGAAAUCGCUGAAACGUAUCAUCUUCAGGUGAGAGGAACCAGGGGUGAGCACAGCGACAGCGAAGGAGGAAUCUACGACAUAAGCAAUAAAAGACGAAUCGGAUUGACCGAGUUCGAGGCACUCGUUGAAAUGAGGGACGGUAUCCGUGAAUUAAUCACCAUGGAGCAGAUACUCAAUGAAGAAUACCGUCAAAGUGAUGCAAGAUAG